CAGAAGCUCGUUCAUUUCCAAGGUGCGGCUUCUCUCAACAGGUGUCCGUGUGACUGCGUGCACGGCGUUUUUAACGGAUCUUUUAAAAUUUACGAUACCUUUUACCCGUUUUUAGCACUUUUAAAUAACAUUUUCGAACACCUUGUCUUCAAAGUCGGUGGAUUACGGAAACCAAACAGACUUUUGGAGCAAUCUUUUGUCGUUUUCGAAUAUCAGAAAGUUAAAGUUAUAGUUGCUAGUUGAUCUUGAAAGCUUAGAAGAUGGCAAAUAAAGGAAUGCAGCUGCUGGGCUUUACUCUAUCUCUUCUUGGUUUGAUUGGGCUCAUAAUUGGCACGAUCAUGCCUCAAUGGAAGAUGUCUGCCUACGUUGGAGACAAUAUCAUCACGGCGAUAGCGAUGUACUCUGGCCUUUGGAUGUCGUGCGCUUUUCAAAGCACCGGACAAAUCCAGUGCAAGGUGUAUGACUCCAUCCUUCAACUCGACAGUGCUCUCCAGGCAACUCGUGCCCUGAUGAUUGUAUCGAUCAUUCUCACUGUGAUGGGACUGGGUGUGGCCUGCAUGGGCAUGAAAUGCACAAACUGUGCCGGUGAUGACAAGGCUAAAAGAGCUCGCAUUGCCAUGACAGGCGGCAUAAUCAUUUUAAUUGGAGCUCUCAGUAGUAUUGUUGCCUGUGGCUGGUUCACAAAUCAAAUCGUCAAAGACUUCUACAACCCCUUCACACCUGUCAAUACCAAGUACGAGUUUGGCUCUGCCAUUUUCAUCACCUGGGCAGGUGCCUUCCUGGACAUCAUGGGUGGGAUCAUGUUGGCAGCCUCAUGCCCGAAGAGUAAACCAGCUCCCAGAUACACCAAGUCCUCCGGACCCCCUAGCAGUGGCAAGGAGUACGUUUGAGUCCCAUCAGUCAUCCACAAACUGGAGAAGACCUCAAAGAAGAUUGCUGGUGAAAGUUUCCCUGGUCAGCUGAUUUGAGAACGGUUUUUAUUUGGUUUUGUUGUAAUUUGAUAGUAUGCUCGUGAUCAAACAAACAGGUCAAACACGCUGUUCUGGGGUGACUUUUACUGAUGCUCUGAUACAGCAGCCCACCUCAGAUAAAAAAGGCACAAAUGUUUUCUUAAUUUUGAUAAGCACCAUUUAGUUGGUUACUUCUAUUUUCUGUUACGUAUACAAGGAAGGGUUUUUUUUUUUAGUGUGUUCCUUAUUUCAUAAAACUGCCCUAUUUAGUGAUGAUGAAAGGCGGCACAUUCCAAGACAAAUCAUCACUCAGGCCCCUUCGUUACAAAAAGCCUGUUGUAAAGCCAUGUCCUGAAUUUGUGUUAAAUAUUUGUUUUGCUGUUCCAGGCAAAAAUGAAAGGAAACUAAGCUAAUAGUAAAAUUCAUAAUAUGACCGAGAUCGAUUCUUAAAAGCACAAAUCUUGAUGGUUCUUUCUGUUACAAGCAAGGUAAAUCUUGUGGUACUACAAUUCCAACAUCAUGAAAAAGCUGAUAACAAUAGAGGGCGGGGCAUUUGUUGAUGGUUAGUUAAGGAUAGAGGUACAGUACUGUCUUUGUAGCACAAAAGAGUCUACUAUUUACAUGUUUCUUUCACUGAGGGACUUGAUGAACACUUGAACUCUGAACUGUUAUAAAGUGAAAGGAAUGGCUCUUAUGUUUGUAAAGUGAAACUUUGCCACAUUUUGUCUUUUGUCAGCUCCCCAAUGUCAUUCCGGUUACACUGACUACUCAUUUUGUUCAUUGGUCAGGACAAAAAAAACUGUAAAUAUUUUAUCUCUGCUUGUUACAAACCAAGUUUUUUUCUGCAUGUCCAUUCUGUUCUGUAGCCAACAUGAGAGCGGAAAAACAAACCUGUAUGACCCUGGUCACACUUUUCUUGAAUUUAAUAUUUGCUUAGGUCUUUGCGUUUGGACCACUUGAGGUGGGUUGCUGUCAAUCUAUUUAGAAUAGUCAUAUUAUAACUGUGAUGAGCUCAUGCAAAUAUUUAACUUUUUAAGAUUUUUGUCAGAUUCGCAGAAUUAACAUUUUAUGUAAAUAAACGGUUUUUUAAAAGAGA